CUUGUUUAUUUGUAAAUAGAAUGAUUUAUAAACAAGAUUGGAAUGUAAAGUUAUUGAGGAAAACAAAAACUUGCGAAACGCCCCUCUCUUUACUUCUCCUUCAAUUAUUCAAUAACCAAUUUCCGCCCCCUAACCCAUUUCACUUAACCACCAAAUUGCAAUUAUUCAAAUACAAAAUUUCAAUCACAUCAUCAUUAUUAUUUUAUCAUAUGAAUGAAAGAAUCUUAUUUUUUCAUGAUUUGCACCUUCUUUCCCUCUAAAACAGAGGAAGAUUGUGGUUGAAGCCUACUCUUAUGUUUCAAACAUUAAGAGUUUAAACCCCUCUUCCAUCCCAUUAAUUUCACAAAAUGCAUCUUCCCAACACCAACAUUCUAUUGUUUUGCCUUUUAACUUCUCUCUUAUCUAUCAUCGGGGCCACUCUUAACCUCACACUUCCUUAUCAACACCCUAAUCCUGAAGCUGUUGUUCAAGAAGUACAGAGGAGAGUAAAUGUAUCGAUAUAUAGAAGAGAAAUGCUGGACAUCGGCGGCGGCUGUCUCACCGGAAACCCAAUCGACGAUUGCUGGAAGUGCGAUCCGAACUGGGGAAAUGACCGGCAACGCCUAGCCGACUGCGGCAUUGGGUUCGGCCGGUUUGCAUUAGGCGGAAAAGGCGGCCAGUAUUACAUCGUCACCGACUCCUCCGACAACGACGUCAUCAACCCAACUCCGGGAACCCUCCGAUACGGCGUCUUACUAUCCGAACCCCUAUGGAUCAUCUUUGCAUCCAGCAUGCUCAUCAAACUCAAACACGAACUCAUCUUCAACAGCUACAAAACCAUCGAUGGCCGCGGCGUCAACGUCGCAAUCACCGGCGGCGGUUGUAUCACCCUCCAGUACGUCACCAACGUCAUCAUCCACAAUAUACGCGUCUUCGACUGUAAACCCUCCGGGAACGCCGACAUAAGGUCAAGUCCAACGCAUGUCGGCCGGAGAGGAUUAUCCGACGGCGACGGGAUUUCAAUUUCCGGUUCAAGAAACAUAUGGAUCGAUCACUGUUCUCUUUCUCAUUGUACAGACGGUUUGAUUGAUGCAAUUCUUGGGUCCACCGCCAUUACUAUUUCAAACAGUUAUUUCACUCAUCAUAACGAAGUUAUGCUCAUGGGUCACGACGAUGCAUACUUGCCGGAUAAAGGGAUGCAGGUUACAUUUGCGUUUAAUCAUUUUGGGAAAGGGUUGAUACAAAGAAUGCCAAGAUGUAGACAUGGAUAUUUUCAUGUGGUAAACAAUGAUUUCACCGAAUGGAAGAUGUACGCCAUUGGUGGAAGUGCGAAUCCUACGAUCAAUAGUCAGGGUAACCGCUAUAUUGCGCCACCGGAUCCUAACGCAAAAGAGGUUACAAAACGAGUGGAAGCAAGCGAAAAGAAGUGGGUGGGGUGGAACUGGAGGACAGAUGGUGACUUGAUGGAAAAUGGUGCGUUUUUUGUGCCCUCAGGCGAUGCCUUCAGCACUAUGUAUGCUAAAGCGACUAGUACCGACCCUAAGUCCGCCUUCCUUGUAGACCAACUCACUAUGAAUGCCGGUGUCUUCGGUGGUAUGAGGGAUGACGUUGGAACUGUGUCAUAUGGUGAUGGUCCCAUCACUACCGGCGGUGAAAGCAGGAAUAACGGUGAGAAUGGCGGCCAUGAUGACGAUGACUACUUCGGGAUGAUAUUUGGUAGCGGCGCGAAAACACAAUCACCACCACCCACCAAUAUCUUUUUGAUUUCACUAGUUUUUAUAGGUUUAUUUACCAUUACCAUGAAUGGCGAUGGCUUAUUUACAUUAUUAUCAUUGGUUUUACUAUAGUGCAAAUUUGGGGGAUUCGGUAUAAAAGGGUAAAAAGAAGAAAGGA